CUGAAAAUGACUACAUAAGUUUGAUUAACGAUGAUUUAAGAAAACAAUUAAAGUUAAUAUGUGAAUUUCCUCAAAUGAACAAAAAUAAAAAACAAGCAUUUACAAGUAAGGAAUCAAACAUCACUCGUAAUAGCCAAUCAUUACACGUUUACAAGUCAAUAUGGAAGCACCAUGUUUCAGAAUCUAAAAGUGAUAAAACUGUUCAAAAAUGA